GAUCGAUUAACGACGGGACUUGUUUUUCAUUAAUACUCCUUCUCCCACGGCAGACUGUCAUGCCCAACCGGGGAAAUCUUUCAGUCUACUAAUCGCAUAAUAUAUAGUACUGGAGCAUGGAUUCCCCAUCAAGCGUCAUGUCUAGCCCCUCAAAGGUAUUCAAUAAUCCUCUGUCAAGCCCAACGAAAGCGCUGAACCCUCUUUCACCGGAGCGCCUGAAUCAGCAGGCGUUUCCCAACUCACCAACGUUACCUAAUGACGUACGCAAUAUGCAACGGAAGCCUAGAGGUUUAUCGGAUGUCCAAGCCAAGGUUGCGUAUUUGAACAAUUUAUCCCGAGGGAACAGUCCAGCAGCGCCAUCAACACAGUCAUCUGCCGGAAACUCGGCGGCGCUUCAACGUGCCAUUCUAGGCCGUGAGGAGGCGGAGUCCGCACUGGCCAAUGUUUCUGCUCAACUCUCAGAAGCCCAGUCUCGUGAGCGUCGCAUCAGUGAGAGACUCGAAUCGUUGCUCGAAGAACUACAAACUGCAAAGACACGACAAGCCCACGAAAGAGCAGUAUUUGAGAAGGAAAUACGGAAAGCAAGAAAAGAGGCUUUUCGUGCAGGAUCUGUAUUGGUAAAAGCUCAGGAAGAAUUAAAACAGGCGAGAUCUGAGGCCAAAGUAUUAAAGGAUGAGGUCCAGUCAGAGCGAGAAGCGAAAGAAAAGGCGAAGCAGGAGGCGUUCGAGCGUGCGUACACACUCGCGGGUCUGAUGGAGGAAAUGGAGGUAUUGAAAGGACGCUUGCGAACGGCAGAAGCGAACAGCCAUGUGGAUACUCUAGAAGCACGUGCCCAGGAGAUGCACAAAGGAGAUGUUGGAAGACUAUCACUAGCAGAAGGCGACCUUGCAUUCCUCCAAACGCCUACGCCUCGAAGACCGAAACGAUCGGCAGAAGAAUCCGAUGGUACGCCAUUGCAAAGCCGUUUCAACCAUUCUGUUGCCCAAGACACUCCUCCAAAGAGGCCAAGGGUCUCCGAUGUUACACCUCGGAACGAAAUCCAGAAUUUGGAUUCGCCGGAAGCGAAAGGCGACGAUAUUCACGAAUUACAAAUAAAGUUAGAAUCUGAACGACAGCUGAGGGUCAACGCGGAAGAUAUGAUAGAGUUCCUGAAAGUUGAAUGCAUGUUCAAACGAUGCACUUGUCGUAUCGAAGAAGAGCGAGAAAAGAGCCAUAUUCAAGAUACGACACAACAUGCAACCAAGAAACCCGCUAGCCCCGGCGAACACAUCGACAAAGAUGAACAUGCAGGCGCCAAACCGCGUGUUGAAAAUUUCCCACUUUCUCCCGGUAAAAGUUCUGGUCAUUCUAUCGAGUCCGCUGAAGAGCCUGAAACAGAAGAUCAGCCACAGACAGAGGAAACUACUAUAACAUUCUCACCCGCCACUGGAACUUUUCAUACAAUUCCAUCUCCUGUCCGAAGGUCACCAACGAAGAAGCUGGAGCAUGAUAUUGUAGAGCUUCCUCAGCUUAUCACUGAGAACCAGUCGACCCCCCAACCACAAGUCACUAGCCCACUUGCGAAGUACGACGUACCAUGGGACGAGACACCUUUUGAAACAGUCCAUGAGAUCCAAGCCCGUGCUCCGCUCUCCCCCUCUAAGGUCCGUCCUUCACCCGCUACUAGUGACGUGCCAUGGGACUCUGAAGUACCUGAGCAACAUCGGUUAGAAGGCAAUGUUGAUGGGCAUGAUAGCGUCAGGAGAAUACCAUUGCGGAAUGAAAGCGUGGAACCAGACCACUUGCUCGGCGUCCCGGGAACACCUAUUGACCGAGAGGAAGCCCUGGCACAGAUCCGGGCAAGGCGGGGCCGAACCAACAAUAUGAAGAGAUCUGUCAGUGCCAACGAAAGUACGUUACGCGCUGGUGGCAUGGGUGUGACUCCCGUUAGAGCGGCGCGUCGGAUUCCUGCCGUUCAGAAUCCAGAUGGAAGGUACAGUGAGAUACGAAGUCGAAGGGACAUGAGUGCGCCAGUCAGGAUGUUCCACCGGUAACACUUAUCUCACAUUACAUAGCCUGAUAGAUGUUUACGACGAUUUGGACAGAAGCAUUUAUUAACUCUGGAUAACUUAUGAUACCCUGGUGCUCCAAGGGGAAUGGCGUUCUGGGAGGUUUUAUUUAUUUCUUUUUUUCCGAUAGCAAUUUAACGGAGCUCUUAAUCACCACUCAGUGUCUUUUGGGUGUUCUGGCUCGCCUUUACGAUAAUUUCGUCUACAUCUCUUCUGCCCGAUGGGUUUCGGCAUAUCCUUUUUGUGACACAUGAUGAUGGGAAGUUUAGAACAAGGAAUCUCGACUUCCUUUUAUACUUUCUUUUUUGCACCAUGCACAGGCAUUCCACUCAUUUCCUACGAUGUUCAUUAAACUAUUUACUAUUUUUCCUUUG